CAGCCUCCAACCUUCACCGUGUUACCUCAAAUUAGUUUCCACAUCCAUUUCCUUUAUAUAAUUCGCUAUGGCCAUCAACGCUCUCGCCCCCGUCAUGUACCAACUGCAGGAAAGUCUCCGUAGUGUUGACCUCAAACACUGGGUCAGCCAGCUGGACUUCAAGACGGUGGGUCUCCUGGCGGUGGUGGUGGUGGGUGUGGUCUUUCUCCUGGACCUGUUCACCAAGUCCUACGCUCCUUAUGGCAGGAGUCUCUUGUCCACCGCUGCCCACGCUUGGGACAACAAGGAUCAGCUGGGAUUCACAGGCGCUAUCCGUGGAAGCCGGUCGCUGGAACCUUUGUCUAAUGUCCUGGACGCCUUGGCUGAGGCGGUGGUGAAGUGGGAAGAGCCUGAAGGCAGCGCCGCCAGGAGCCGUGCACAUUAAAAGUCUACAUUAAGUCCUUGGCAUAUUGAUGGACGUGAUGAAGGAGAGGGGGAACUCAAGGAAGAGACCAUCAGUAGACGUAAAUCAUGAGUGCUGUGAUGGCGGCUCUGGUGGAGGCGGUGAAGGAGCUGGAGGUGUCAGAUUAUAAACACCUAGAGCCAUGGCCUUCAGCAGGUCGCGCUGCAUUAGAGGCUGUUGUUAUGUCGUGAAUCACGGCAUGACUUACCUCAAGCAUAUGUUUAUAAAACUCAUUUUGUAUAUUUAUUGUUUUUAAUUUAUUAUACAAAAUAUACCUGUUACAUUAA